AGUCAUGGCUUCAUCAUCAUCUAAAAUAGAUUUGUCCGGGCCAUCUUUCUGUGUUGUCACCGGUGCAUCUCAAGGUAUAGGUAGAGCUAUAGCUGUUGAAAUAUCAAAAUGCCUCGGACCCAAGUCUCUCAUGUUGUUGCUGGCACGUAAAAAACAAGAACUUGCCACAACAGCCACCCUCUGUGAAUCUGACAAAGUAAAAGUUUUGUACAAUUCCAUCGACCUAUCAAAAGCAUCGGAAAAAGAAAUGUAUGAUGUACUUCAGGAGGCGCUGUCUGGUCACAAAGUUACCAACUUCUCAAACUGCUUAAUUUUCCAUAAUGUCGGCUCUCUCGGUAAUUUGGCUGUGGAAACAUCUCGAAUGGAAAAUGUUGAAGAACUUCGACAAUACUAUGAUCUGAAUGUAUUUAAAGUAAUCUCAUUGAACACACAGUUUCUUAAGAUAUUUGAGGAAGUCGAGGACAGGGUAAUCAUUGUCAAUAUUACAUCACUGUGUGCAAUUAAGCCUAUGGGAGGUAUGGCCUACUAUUGUAGUGGUAAAGCGGCCAGGGAAAUGUAUUUCAGAGUCCUAGCAGAGGAAAAGAAGCAAAUAAAAGUCUUGAAUUACUCCCCCGGUCCUGUCGAGACCGCUAUGAUUGACAACGUCCUGGAAGAAGCAGUGAACGAGAACCUGAAAGAUGUCUUUACAUCAUUUAAAAAUCAAGGGACUUUGCUUAAACCAGAAAUAACGGCAAAGAAAUGUAUGAAAGUCUUGCUCUCAGGAAAAUUCGCUCCAGGCGAACAUGUCGAUUAUUUUGACGAUGAAUAAAUUAAUCUCUUAAAUGAAUCUUUGUGCAAUUUUUUGAAGUAUAUGAUAUAUAGCUUGAGUAUGAAUUUUUGAGAUUGUUAUAGAACUAGAAAUUGUAUUUAAUAGAUUACUGCUUAACAGUUUUCAUUAAAAUCAUUUGUAAACUGUUCUCGUUGGUUAUGGUAGCAUUUUUAACGAAUUACCGUGUAUGUGUAACGUAAACUAUUCUAAAAACAUUCCAUUAUAUGUGUGUCAAAUGUAUGUGCUUAAAAUAAUAAUUAUAAUAAAAUAAUGAAUGCAAUUCAUAUUAAUAAAUGCUUGAAUUUUA